UAAAAUAAAAAGUUUAAACAAGCUAUACUUUAAUCGUAAACAUACUGGCGACAGGCCAUCUAUCCCAGAGAAAUAAAAAUGUUUUUCAUAAAAUUGGUUUUUAUUAUUUUUAUUGGGAAAUGCUUUGAAAACGUGAUAUUUGCAGCUUACAAUCCAAUGCUAACUUAUACGAUACGAUUUCAAAAAUUGUAUUUUCAACCCAAUUUCACUGGAAAUUAUACAAUCAACAAAUACAGAGAAAAGGAAUUCGUUAAUGGAUAUAUUGCACUUGACUCGCCAGUACCAUUAGAAAAGCUUGUCGUAGUAUUUCAACGUUGUAAUCCAGAAGGUGUAAACUGUGAAUAUUUUCAAUCAUGGACUUUAAACGAUCUUUGCCCUAAAUUAAAGGACAAGAAUCAAAUAUGGUCCAGUUGGUACAGAGCAUUUGAUCCACAACCAAAUUGUCCAGUAACAAAAUUCAAUCCAAUGUUAACAUACACUAUACGUUUUAAAAAAUUCUAUGUAACACAUAACUUCACUAUGGAUUAUUAUUCGUUCGAUCAAUAUAGAGAUGCACAAUAUAUAAAUGGACAAUUUACAAUAAAUACGAAAGAACUUAUAAACAAAGUUGACGUAGUUUUCUAUCGAUGUGACUCAGAAGGAAUUAAUUGCGAAUACUUCCAAAGUUGGACGGUAACUGGUCUUUGUAAUAAAUUAAAAGAAAAAAAUCAAAUAUGGACCCGAUGGUACGAUUCGUUUGAUCCACCGAUGCGUUGUCCAUUAGAUAAAGGAACGUAUACAAUGAAAAAUGGAACUGUUGAUAUUAAUGCGAUACUAUUGUGGUAUCCUGAAGCAACUGAUUACCAAUGGAGAGUAGUUCAAAAUAUGUAUGCUGAUGAUAUAUUUGUUGGCGGUGUAGUGGUAGAGUUUUCAUUUUUUGGUUACAGAAAAAAAAUCAACUCUACUGUAAAACUCUAA